GUUUAGUCCCAUUUGGUUACAGCAGCCAUUGGAGAGCUCUGGAGGCACCGGUGAGUCACCCACCAGUGACGGCUUUACAAAACCAACUCUGAGAAAGCGAUUCCAAAUCAAUCUGUGGAUGAAACGAAGAAUCCCAGAUUUUUGAAUGGCGACACCAUUUAUAGCGGGGGUUGCGGUAGCUGCGACUGCACUUGCUGGUCGAUAUGGAAUCCAAGCAUGGCAAGCAUUCAAGGCAAGGCCACCAAGACCCAGAAUUAAGAAAUUCUACGACGGCGGUUUCCAGCCUACAAUGACGAAAAGGGAAGCUGCUCUUAUUCUUGGCAUCAGGGAGAAUGUAGCGGCAGAGAAGGUGAAGGAAGCACACAGGAAAGUAAUGGUAGCAAACCAUCCAGAUGCAGGUGGUAGCCAUUUCCUAGCCUCUAAGAUCAAUGAAGCUAAAGACGUGAUGCUAGGCAAAACUAAAAGCAGCGGAUCCGCAUUUUAAAACCUCAAGCAAAGAAGACUCCGUAGAAUCCAUCUCUCUGUCUCUACGAUUUUGUUCUAGAACUGCAUUGUCAAAUUGUAUCAUAAAUUAUACCAAUAAGCCUUAUUGUGUGGGUCUGUUUGUUGUGACACUGAAAAAAAUCUUUUCGUUUCACUUGUUGUUGUGGUCGUUUCUGAUAAGGGCGUUCGAGUCUUUGUUGGAUAUAUUUUAAAAUCCAGUAAUAGAAAUUUUAGUACACGUGUCGGGUGGCUC